CUGGAGCUGCUUCUCCAGGUUGAAGUCGGCGUUUACGCAUCUAUGGAGCAGAAGCUCGCAGACUUCCGAGCUCGACGGCUGGCGGAAAAAGGGAUGAAGAAGUGCGGACCUGCUGCUCCCCAGCCCAGGGAAGACGGAGAAGGAGAGCCUGAUGUUAGAUCUGACAGCCGCCAACAGCCAGAGGAGCCAGAAAGCAAUCAAAGUGCCACCAGCAGCUCUCAUAACAGGGACUGCAGAGACUGGCUGCUAGACGGUCCGCUGGGAAGAUGGUUUGCUUCUAGACAGCUGGUCGUCUCCAACGUUAUGCUGCUCAAAGUGCUGCUGUGGCUGGUUCUGCUGGGUCUCUUUAUUGAGCUGGAAUUUGGCUUGCCCUUCUUCGUUAUCUCCCUGUUCUACUGGCUCUACGAAGGACUGCGCAGCCCAGAACCCAGAAAGCCAGGAGAAUUGAGUGCUUACUCUGUCUUCAACCCGGACUGUCAGCCUCUCCUUGGCUCGCUCACUGCAGAGCAGCUGGAGGGGGAGAUGGGCUACAGACCUCUGGCCAACAGAUAAAGUGCUUUGCAUUUGCACAACUAAAAGGGCGUAAUUUAAAAUCUCUGGUGUUUUGAAUAAUGGUUAUGUUUCUUAUGUAUGUAUUGCACAUAAAAUUAAAGCUGGCAUACUUAUCGGUUUGUUCCCUUUUAUGCUGCAACCUCAUUCACAGGAAGCACAGACGUGGAUGUAGAUAAAACCUUUAUCUACGUUGGCCUUCAAAAUCUCACUUCUUGCCUUUCAAACGGGAAUUAUCUUGCUUUGCGAAAUCUUUCCUGAAUGUCAGUGAUAAUUUGGAGGUUUUUCUUUUGUCGAUUUGCCCCAAAUGUCUUUUUGCCACAGUUGGCUUUCUAUCAGAAUAAGCUUUGUUUUCCAAGUUUGCGCACACAAACAAGGAAUUUGACUUCCGUUCCACUUUGCUCUCAAUGUAAAGAAAUUAACUGUAAAUUUAUAGAACUUUGGUGGAAAAUAAAAAUUAUUUUUGUUGUUUUUGUGGGUUUUUUGCCUUAAUAUGUAUAUGAACAGUGUUUUUACAAAAGAAGACAGGUUGAGUUUGUGCAAAUUUGCAUAGUAUUGGCAAUCGGACUGUUAAUUGUUCAGCAUUGAGACCCUGAUGAACCCUCAACAGUCUUUUACUUCCUUUUUGCAAGUGGCUCUCUGGCAUUUCCACAGUUUCUCUCCAGGGUGUGUUGGGUCUGCACAGAUAUCAGUUCCCCUUGUCCUGACAAGUCCUGGAUGGAUUGUUUGUGCCAGGCUGGCCCUGUCAUGUUUUGCGGCUGAGCUAAACCAGACGGUGAUGAUUAAUCUUUGCAUUCUGUCAAAACUCACAAAAAGGUCGCUUGGAAUAAUAUUUGAUACUAAUCCCGUGUUAUUUUUAAUGCCAGAAGAAGACUGGGCUGUUUCUGAUCUUUUGCACUCAGGCAACAUUAGGCAGGCUUCUUCACUUCCUGUUUUUAAAUCUCUUUUAAAAGCAUCCCUGGUGUUUAACCCAGUGUGAGUUGUUUAUAGUAUUUUAUUGCUCUGUGUUCUACGUUUGGUUAUCUGAUGAUUUACACUAACUUGUUUUAAUGUACUUUUCAUUUCAGCCUCUGCCUUUUGUUGUUCAGCACUUUGGUAAAAAAAAAAAUCUGUUGUUUUUAAAUGUGCUUUAUAAAUAAAUUUGACUUGAAUUGACUAUAACGGACCUUCAAUAAGUAUUCCACAAAUGCUAAACUGUUGUAUACAAUCUUGAAAAAUACAGAAAGAUGAGGAAUGAUGUUUGUUUCCAGACUACUGAGAUUAGAAAAUAAAAUUUAAAUGUUUUUACUGUGAUGUAUUUGGUAGAGAUUUUAAAAAGAAUAAGAUAACUGCUUAUCUGUCAAGAAGAAAUAAUGACGUCACAAUCAUUUAUUUUGAAGAGGUUAUAAAUAUUUGAUUUCAAAUGUAUUGAAAACAGUAUAAUUCGACAUCCUUCAUCAGUCAUUUCACAGACUGGGAGUUUUGUCCGACGUAGUUUCAACAAAGCUGCACCUGUUGUGAGGUGAGGGUUCUCCAAUGUGAGCUCAAUAAAGCCUAUCUUAUGUCUUAAACUGUACCAGUUGUAAUAAAGUUGCAGAAUAAACAUCAAAGAUCACACACUGUUCUUGAAAGAGUCUGUGCUCGGGUUCAGAUAUGAGAUGUAUUAUAGAUUUUCAACAUGAGCUUUACUACAGUUGCAAAAAAUAAAACUGCUCUUUACCCCA